UUUCUUAGGGGUGAUAUUGGAGUCAGUUUUUAAAAAAAAAUGUGCAUUAGUAAAUAUAAGGUCUUUGUAAAAAUUCUAGGUUGAAAGAAAAGGAAAAUGAAAUGAAGAGAGUAGAAGCUAUGCUAAAAGAGAGGGAGAGUGAUCUUUCUAGCAAAACAGAGCUCUUACAGGAGGUACAGAAUGAAAACAAAUUGUUUAAAUACCAAAUUGAGCAGCUCAAGCAACAGAACUACCAAAAGGCAUCUUCUUUUCCCCCUCAUGAAGAAUUAUUAGAAGUAAUUUCAGAAAGAGAGAAGGAAAUAACUGGUCUUCGGAAUGAGUUAGAUUCUUUGAAGGAUGCUGUUGAACACCAAAGGAAGAAAAACAACGACCUUCGGGAGAAAAACUGGGAAGCAAUGGAAGCAUUGGCAUCAACUGAAAAAAUGCUGCAGGACAAAGUGAACAAGACUUCCAAGGAAAGACAACAACAUGUGGAAGCUGUUGAGCUGGAGGCUAAAGAAGUUCUCAAAAAAUUAUUUCCAAAGGUGUCUGUCCCUUCUAAUUUGAGUUAUAGUGAAUGGUUGCAUGGAUUUGAAAAGAAGGCAAAAGAAUGUGUGGCUGGAACUUCAGGUUCGGAGGAAGUUAAGAUUCUGGAGCACAAGUUGAAAGAAGCUGAUGAAAUGCACACAUUGUUACAGCUAGAGUGUGAAAAAUAUAAAUCCGUCCUUGCAGAAACAGAAGGAAUUUUACAGAAGCUGCAGAGAAGUGUGGAGCAAGAAGAAAAUAAAUGGAAAGUUAAAGUUGAUGAGUCACAAAAGACUAUUAAACAGAUGCAGUUGUCAUUCAUGUCUUCAGAACAAGAGCUAGAGCGAUUAAGAAGAGAAAAUAAAGAUGUUGAAAAUUUGAGAAGAGAACGAGAGCAUUUGGAAAUGGAACUAGAGAAGGCAGAAAUUGAACGAUCUACCUAUGUUACAGAAGUCAGAGAGCUGAAAGAUCUGUUGACUGAAUUGCAGAAAAAACUUGAUGAUUCAUAUUCUGAAGCAGUAAGACAGAAUGAAGAGCUAAAUUUGUUGAAGGCACAGUUGAAUGAAACACUGACAAAACUUAGAACUGAACAAAGUGAAAGACAGAAAGUAGCUGGUGAUUUGCAUAAGGCUCAACAGUCACUGGAUCUUAUCCAGUCAAAAAUAGUAAAAGCUGCUGGAGACACUACUGUUAUUGAGAAUAGUGAUGUUUCCCUAGAAACAGAGUCUUCUGAGAAGGAGACAAUGUCUGUAAGUCUAAAUCAGACUGUAACACAGUUACAGCAAUUGCUUGAGGCAGUAAACCAACAGCUCACAAAGGAGAAAGAACACUACCAGGUCUUAGAGUGAAGUAAUUGGGAAACUGUUCAUUUGAGGAUAACAAGAAGGCAUUGUAUUAUAUUUUGCCAAAUUAAAGCCUUAUUUAUGUUUUCACCCUUUCUACUUUGUCAGAAACACUGAACAGAGUUUUGUCUUUUCUAAUCCUUGUUAGACUACUGAUUUAAAGAGAGAGAGAGAGAAAAAAAAAAGCCAACUCUGUAGACACCUUCAGAGUUUAGUUUUAUAAUAAAAACUGUUUGAAUAAUUAGACCUUUACAUUCCUAAAGAUAAAAUAAACAUGUAAUCUUUUAUUUUGCUCAAUAAAAUUGUUAAGAAGAUCAAAGUGGUAAAGACAAUGUAAAAUUUAACAUUUUAAUACUGAUGUUGUACACUGUUUUACUUAACAUUUUGGGGAGUAACUGCCUCUGACUUCAACUUAAGAAAACACUUUUUUUGUUGCUAAUGUAAUCGGUUUUUGUAAUGCGUCAGCAAAUAAAGGGAUGCUUAUUAUUCAAA